UGUUUUUUUCCCUCCCGUCAGCGACGUCCAGGUUCACCAAGGUUGCCCGCAACGGGCCCCGGGAUCCCGGCGGCUUCUCCCUCCCCGAGCGCCGGAUGGAUCCAAGGCUGCUGUCUUCCCACCGGCCGGGCCCUCUCGGCUUUCCGCGGUCCAGGUGUGUGCUGUGGGAUCCGACCCCCGCCGGAGACCGGACCUGCUUGCACCUCAGCCACUACAGAAAUCCCAAGCUGCUGGUGACCGAGAAGGCCGUCCGUCUUGCUUAUCGUCACGCGAGGCAGAGUGCCAAGUCGGUGCUGCCCUGCUUCCUCCUCGGGACCCUGGCGGUGGAUGAAGAUGAAAAAGGCGUCACUCUGACCGUAGACCGCUUCGACCCCGGCCGAGAAGUGCCCGGCUCCCCGGGGCCCGCCCCCUCCGCCCCGCUCCCCGGCGACUUCUUGGUUCCGUGUUCGGUCAGCAGCCGGGGGUCCACCCUGGGGGAGGUGGUGGUUCACAGCGCAGACGAUUUCAGCGCGGCCUUCAAGGGGCUCCAGCGCCACCUCAGCAGCAGAGACUCUCUGAACGCCUGCCAGCUCCUCUGUCUCCGAGCCCACGUCCGCUGCAGCCAGGUCCUGGACCGCCUGGAGCUGGACUUCCGCUGGGCGGCCGUCACUGUGGCCGACACGUUCGACUGCACGCCCGUGAAGCCCAUCCCCAUCAUCCCCACGGCCCUGGCCCGCAACCUGACCACCUACCUGAACCUCGCUCAGAUCCAGGGCACCUGGAAGUGUGGAUUCCUUACGAUGGACGAAACGCGUAAGCUGCUCUUACUUCUGGAGUCGGAUCCCAAGGUUUACACCCUGCCAUUAGUUGGAAUCUGGCUGGCGGGCAUCACUCACGUCUACAGUCCGCAGGUGUGGGCCUGCUGCCUGCGCUACACGCUCAGCUCCUCGAUUCAAGAGAGGGUCCUUUCGGAGUCCGGCAGCUUCGUCAUCGUUCUCUACUCCCUGACCCACCCGGAGCCCGAGUUUUACGAAUGCGUUCCCCAGAAGGGCCACUCGGGCCCCACGUUCCAACUCCUAACCAGCAACGAGACCUUUCAUCUUUUCCAAGACGUGGAGCCUUCCGACCGACACCCCAUCCCCUUUGAGCUGAGCGCGGGAGGCCGAGACGCUGAGGGAGAGCUCUUCCGUCGAGUUUCCGAGAGCCUUUUAGCCGUGAGCUGUUCCCAGAAAGCCUCUCCCGGCCCCCUCUCCGUGAGCGACCAGGACUCCGGCAUGGAGGACGAGGACCUCUCCCCUAGGCCGAUGCCCAGCCCUCACCCCGUGGGUCAGCAGGGUACCAAGAUCUGCCCUUCUGUUCCUGAGCUCUCCCUCGUCUUGGACGGCAGUUUCUUGGACUCAGCCCCCGCACCUAAUCAUCUGGUGGGGCCAAAUCCCCCAAGCCCUCCCUCCUCGCUGCCUCUUCCUGGCUUCUCAGGCCCACAGUGCCAGCAGUUCUCUGAGGAGAGGCCGAGCUGGGGGCCCGGGCCCGGGGGCCCUUGGAGGGGGCCGACCGGCCAGACGGGUCCAGGGUCGCCCCCUCCGCCCACCCCCCGAGUAAAGCAGCCACCCCCGCGGCCUCCGACGUGGAAGAGAGGGGUCCCUCGGGGCAGGCAGAUCCCUGGAGCCCCGUCCUCGCCUCUGACCCCCAUCGCCCGGCCGCCUGCCGACCUGGCCGGGCUGCCCCCCGGGGGGCCACCGGUUGAAGCAGGGAGUCGGCCCCAUCAGGACCUGGCCAGGCACAGAGGAGGGGAAUCCUUUGGAAGGGGACGUCGCGCGUCAUGCCCGAGACCACUUUCUACCGGCCGACGGCCCCUGCCCCGGGGCCCCGGGCCCUUGUCUCCGACUCCAGACUGGCCGAUCACGGGCCCCCCCUCACCAUCUGGCCACCUCUUGGAUGUCUGCGGAUGUUGUCGGUGCCACGGGCCUGCAAUGGGCCGCCCGGGCGCGUGGCGGGGAGCGGGCGGUGCAGGUGGCUGGCAGGCCCAAGGGGUCCGGUCGGAGGCCCUCCCUGAGGUUUGGUCCGAGACCCCCGCGGAGGUCUGGUCGGAGGCCCCAGUGGAGAAUGCGGGUUCGCCGCCCCGCCCUGGCACCGGCUGCCUACUUCCUCUAGCUUGCAACCCGAGGAGCCCGCCCGGCCGAGGCCUGCAGCGGGGCGGGGGGCCGAGCUCUCCCGCCGGGGCCUUCUCUUUCCCGCCACCUUGUGCCACGUGCGCCCCCUCGCCCCGGAGAGCGUCGGCCGACGGGAUGAUGGGACUGUCUCCCGAGGCCUUCCGGAUGCUCACGGAACAGGACCGGCAACUGAAACUGCUCCAGGCCCAGAUCGAACGCUUGCUGGCCGCCCAGACCUUCCUGGCAGGCCCGCCCGCCGCCGGCCACCAGCCGGGGGCCGCGUCGGCACCCACCGCCACCCGGGCGUCUCCGGAGCUGCGCGUCAGAGAGACCGUGAGCAUCGCCGUGAGCACAGGCACCAGCCUGCUGUGGCAAGCACCGUGCGGUGGUCCGGAGGCAGCCCACCCAGGGGACCAGCGGGACGCCUCGGUCCAAAGCCAAGACUGCAGCAUCGUCCUUGACGCCGACCGCGCCCGAGCCAGCCACGACCCCGAUCCCGGAGGGAGCGGCGGGGUCAGCGGCGAAGAGACAUCGCUUUCACCUGGAGCUGUCGGCUGCUCCUCCAUGGCGGGGGAAGAUCCCGGACCCACGACCCUCCCCGGUUUGCCGUCCGGAGAAAGCGUGAGCGCGUGCUUACGGGCAGGACCUGCGGAGGACACCGGGAACCCCCCGGCGCCGGCCAACGGGGCCGAAGUCCAGCUGGCCCAGGAGGCCGGAGGGGGCCGGCCCAGCACCCCCCCGGAGAGCCAGCAACUGUACCAGGAUUUACUGGGUCAGGUGAAACAUCUCCUGAAAGCCUCAUCUGAGGAGAGCACCCACCCGUGCCCAGAAGCGGAGUCAGCGUGCCAAGACGGUGUCCCCUCUGGAAGCCGGAGCGGCACCGAGCAAAGAUCGGAUGACCCCAGUGAGAAGGAUCGAGAUGGCGUCCUAAGCGCCACCCUCAAGCAACUGAGGAGCCUCGGGGUGACCCUGGAUUCGCCCAGCCACGUGAGACAAAGCGAGGCCAGGGUGGAGCAUGCCAGCGUCCUGGCCUGCAUCAGCCCGGCGGCGGUUCUCUCCGGCUUGAACUACGUGUCUUUCUCCAACGUGGGCGUGAGCGGGCUCCACCCCAGCGGUGCGGACCUGAGCAUGGAGGCCAACGCCAUCGCCCUCAAGUACCUGAGCGAGAGCCAGCUGGCGCAGCUCUCCUUCGGCCGCGCGGCCCCAGAUGCAGCCCCCGGGUCCCCCGUGGCCCCCGGGCCCACGGACUGGAGCCUGUUGGGCCUCGGCGCCAUCUCUCCCAGCAACAUGUCGUUCGCGACCAGGACGUACAUGAAGAGGUACGGCCUCCUCCAGGGAGACUGCGGCGACUGCAGCGACCGUGGUGACUGGGAACUCCGGCCCCCGGCGGACACUGGCGGCAGGCCGGGAGCCGCCCCUCGGCAACCCGGCGGCCCCGCCGACCCCUCCGGAGCCGACCCUUGCUCUCCGCCGCAACCCGACGCGCCCGUCCUCAGGAACAUCACCAACGGGGCGGGCCGGCCGAAGGGGCCCCCCGGGGCCACGGACUGGCUGCCCGGCUCAAGGGCCGGGCUCCUGGCUGGCAAGGUGGCCUUCACUCGGCACCCCGACCAGGAGAAUCAGAGAGAGCCUGCGCUGUUUCCUGAUGGCCCGCAGGCUUCCGGCACCUUCCGGCACAUGGACAGCAUGAACUCGGUGGGCACCUUCUUGGACAUCGGGCGCCUCCGCCAGCUGCCUAAGCUGUUCUGACCCUAGAGCAGCCGGGGAUGGCUCCCCGGAAGCGGUUUGGAGACGCCCUCGCCGUGGUCAUUCCACGCUCCUUUUUCAGACCGGCGGUCCGCCCGCCUGCCUCCUCCGUCACGGCAGCGACCCCGGGAACCCCCGGCCGUCUUGCCCGCACGGUCCAGACCGGCCGCUCAGAGCCCCGCGGUCCGAGAGAGCCCGGGCCACCUCACGCCUCCCGAUGCGGGGCAGGUCAGAACAUCCCCGCCGUUCACUGGCUCCAGUCAGAACAUUCUGGAGAGUGGCCAUCGGCAGCAUCCGGGCUGGGCGCCCUUGCUAAGUUGGAUUGCUCUGAGUGGUUUUCAAAUUGGCAUAUUUGGUUAAUUAACGCACAAACUCUGGGAUCCUAAUAUUACAAAUCCUUUUUUACGAGCUCUUAGCCAGACGGCAGCCUAGCUGUAUCAGAACAAUUAAAUUAUUGCGUGAAAUUGAGUGGCUGGUGGUCUUGCAGGUGGUUUUUUCGUUUUGUUGGGGGUUGGGUUUUUUUUUUUUUUUU